AUGCAAUUUCAUACUGAAAAUGUCUUCCGGCAGGCCCAUGACCAGAGCCAUAAAAUCCAGGCCCAUGAACAGAGCCAUCAAGUCCAGGCCCAUGACCAGAGCCAUGAAGUCCAGGCCCAUGACCAGAGCCAUGAAGUCCAGGCCCAUGACCAGAGCCAUGAAGUCAAGGCCCAUGAACAGAGCCAUGAAGACCAGGCCCAUGAGCAGAGCCGUGAAGUCCAGGCCCAUAUCCAGAGCCAUGAAGUCCAGACCCAUAACCAGAGCCAUGAAGUCCAGGCCCAUGACCAGAGCCAUGAAAUCCAGGCCCAUGACCAGAGCUGUGAAGUCCAGGCCCAUGACCAGAGCUGUGAAGACCAGGCCCAUGACCAGAGCCGUGAAGUCCAGGCCCAUAACCAGAGCCAUGAAGUCCAGACCCAUGACCAGAGCCAUGAAGUCCAGACCCAUGACCAGAGCCGUGAAGACCACUUUGCUUUCUGA